AUGAAAGAGAAAGGUGAGGAGUCUUCAACUCCCGAUAGAUCUAAGGUCAGAACAGGAGAUAAACCAGAAAGUAAACCAGGCGCAACAGAGAGUGACGAAGAUGACGAUGAGGAUGAUGAUAAAGUGAAGAAAGAUGAGGAUCAUGAUGGUGAGAAAAAGGAUAAUGAUAAGGAUGAGGAUGAUAAUGCUGAUGAUGUGAAAAAUGAUAAGGAUGAUGAUGAUGCUGAGAAGAAGGAUGAUGAUGAUAAUGAGGAUGAUGAUGUGAAAAAGGAUGCUGAAAAAGUGCCGGAUGAUACUGACAACGAUGAGAAUGUGAGUAAUGGAGGGAACGACGAUGGGAAGAAAGAGUCAGGAAUUCAGCAACCUAGUGAUGACAGUGACGCGACUGACGAGACUUCUGUUGAGACUGAGGAAAUAGAAGAAGGCUAA